GCACGCCACAACAUUGACCUUUCCCGGUGACUCGCGAGCUCGCAAACACAGUCUCCUUGCGCCUCGUCCGGCAAUGAACAGUCGACUUCCUAGAACUGAAGACCUGGUCUGAAAGGCACGAUGCCACGGAGCAGAGCUGCCGACCCGGCCCUCGCCUCUGAUGACGAAACUGUUGUAGCGGUUCAAGAUGGCGUAGCGCUGAACGCCGCCGGUCACAGGGAUCAACUCAAACGCCAAUAUGGAUUUCUUGGGCUAGCUAGCUUGGCCCUCACGGUAGAUAACGCCUGGGUAGCGUUGGGCUCCUCCAUCUCCGUGUCAAUUCUCAACGGUGGCCCGCCCGGCAUCAUAUACGGCCUCCUUGUUGCCGUCUUCUACUAUACUCUUAUUGGUUUGAGUUUAUCAGAGCUUGCAUCGUCAGUGCCCACGGCUGGGGGCGUAUACCACUGGGCGACCAUCGCCGGAGGUCCUCGCUGGGGCCGAGCACUCGGCUUCUUCACCGGCUGGAUCAACUUCUACGGCUGGCUGUUCGCCCUGGCUUCCCUACUCCAGAUCUCAAGCAACGUCGCCGUGAGUAUGUACGCUGUCUGGAACUGGGAUGACUAUGUCAGUCAGCCGUUCCACGUCUUUAUCGGGUAUCUCAUCAUUCUCUGGGGAUCGGCUGCCUUCGUUGUCUUUGCCAAUAAGUACUCCCCUUACACCCAGCAUGCGGGUACCCUUUUUGUCACGAUUGGCGGUGUCAUCAUUAUCGUCGUACUUGCCACCAUGGCAAAGCCACAUGCAAGCAAUCACUUUGUAUGGGCAUCCUUCCAUGAGAACAACGCCACAGGAUGGCCUGGUGGAGUUGCUUUCUUACUGGGCGUUCUUAACGGUGCUUUCACCAUUGGCACGCCCGACUCUGUUACUCAUAUGGCUGAAGAGUUGCCCCAUCCCAAGACAGACCUUCCCAAAGCCAUACUUCUCCAGAUAUUCCUUGGCUUUAUCUACGCUUUUUGUUUCGCCGUCGCGCUGUCAUAUGCCAUCACUGACAUCACGGCUCUUCAAGGUGGUUUCAACUCGUUCCCUCUGACCAACAUAUAUGUACAGGCGACGACAAGCCUUAAUGGCAUCCGAAACCCUGGCGCGGCUUUUGGGCUUCUAUUUAUCAUGCUCAGUUGUACCCUGACAUGUUGUGUAGGCCUCAUGUUGACUGUCUCGAGAACAUACUGGGCCCUUGCCCGAGAUGAUGCCGUUCCCUUUUCAAAUGUGUUCGCGCAAGUCAACGAGCGUCUGAGCUGCCCCGUUUGGGCCACCUUGUUCGUCUGCUUCGUCGUAACCGGUCUGGGUGUCAUACCACUCGGCAGCUCUGCAGCCUUUCUGGCAUUGGCAGGCUCAUUCAUCAUCCUAACGUCUGUGUCCUAUGCGAUUCCGUUUGCCGCCAACAUGCUUUCGGGCCGAAGAUAUUUCCCACGAGGGCCGUUUCACUUGGGCAAGGCUGGAUACGCUAUCAACGGACUCUCCGUGUUCUUUAUCAUACUGUUUGACGUCCUUUUCUGCUUCCCUUUUGUGUUGCCAGUUACAGAAGCGACUAUGAAUUGGAGUAGUGUGAUACUGGUGGGAACUGUAGCUAUCACCGCCUUGUGGUGGGCGUUUCAUGCAGCUAAGCAUUACCCCGGCCCGAAGGUGAUGAGUUUGUACGUUGCAACAGAUGGCAUGACACCAGUGGUAACGGAAAAAGACAGUGGAGGAACCACGGUGUCGGAAGCCAAGACUUCAGAUGUUAUCUAGUAUACAAUCUCAUGUUUCAACGAUAGGUACGCCAUGAAGUGAACUGAUAAUGGUACCUAGCCAGCUAUUAUAGUGGGAGGCUAAGUCGAGGGUUUCGAAGGCAUAAUAUAGCCAUUUAAGAAAGAGA